GGGGAGGUGGGCGCCGGUGAUAGUCCUACUCAAGAGUAGACCCGCUGACAAUAAGGGCUAUGGCAAGCUUAAGGUAAAGGUAAAGGCAAGCUUAGGCCUUAAUUAAUUUGAAAGGGUCUGUCUGUGGAGGACUAGUAUCAAAUGCAAGCCACAAUAAACAAAGAGGUGCACACCACUCAGAAAUCAAUAGGACCUAAAUUAGUCCUAUAUCGAGUAGGCCCACUGAAACUGAGGGACUAAGGAGUAGCUUAGGUCUUAGUUCCAGUGGGUCUGCCCUGAGGAGGACGAGCAUUACAUGCAAGCCUUUAUAAAUAACGAGCCACCUAUACAACUCAGAAAUUAAUAUGACCUAGAUUAGUCCUACUUAGGGUAGAACCAUUGGGUUGUAGCUAUUAAUUAUACCAUUAAUAUUAGUAUUUAGUAUUAAAUGUAUUACACUCUUCCAAGGCAGGUUCCAACAAUUUAAAAUUCAGAAUUAAAAACAGUUAAAAUAUAUUACAAUUAUUCACUAGAACAUAUUGCAUUCAUGUUACUUCUACUAAGAGUAUACUUAUUUAAAUUAAUGGACAUCUAACUUUGCUCCAUUAAUUUCAGUGGGGUCUAUUUAGCGGGAUGUAAUUUUCCUAUUUUUUUAUACCUCUUAGCUUUAUAAAGAAAAAGAAACUAAGCCAUUUGAGUUCAAUUCAGUGGUUGUCAUAAUGUGGAUGCACUAAAAUUAAUGAACAUAAAGUGGUACCUCGGGUUAAGUACUUAAUUUGUUCCGGAGGUCCGUUCUUAACCUGAUACUGUUCUUAACCUGAAGCACCACGUUAGCUAAUGGGGCCUCCUGCUGCUGCCACACUGCCAGAACACGAUUUCUGUUCUCAUCCUGAAGCAAAGUACUUAACCUGAGGUACUAUUUCUGGGUUAGUGGAGGCUGUAACCUGAAGCGUAUGUAACCUGAAGCAUAUGUAACCUGAGGUACCACUGUACCUGGUAAUUCCAUUCUUUUUCAGUGGUUCUACUAUGAAUUGGAUAUAUUCCUUUAUUUUUAAAAUGCCCCUUAAUAUAUCCCUUGUGAUACCUUAAGACUUGCAGUGCAGUCCUACUAGCGUCUACUCAGAAGUAAUCCCCAGUGAGUCAACAGAACUUACUCCUAGGCAAGAUGUUUAGAAUAGCUGAUGAAGGCUUACCUGGCAGUAAGUCCCAUUGAAUUAAAUGGGCAUUCUGAGCAGACAUACAUAGGAAUAAGCUAUAACAGGUUUAUUGUCACAAAGGUUUGGUGAACUAGAGAGGACACCUCAUUAGAUGAAUGAUUAUUAUCAUGCCCUACUCUAGUUGCUCGCCAGCCCUACAUACCCCCCCACACCUUGCCAACCUGUCACCCAAACCUCUAUAGUAUUUCUUUACCUGAAGGAGUGUCUUUACCUAAAUUAUACCUGAAGGAGCAUCUCCACCCCCAUCGUUCUGCCUGGACACUGAGGUCCAGCGCCGAGGGCCUUCUGGUGGUUCCCUCAUUGCGAGAAGUGAGGUUACAGGGAACCAGGCAGAGGGCCUUCUUGGUAGUGGCGCCUGCACUGUGGAACGCCCUCCCAUCAGAUGUCAAGGAAAUAAACAACUAUCUGACUUUUAGAAGACAUCUGAAGGCAGCCCUGUUUAGGUAAGUUUUUAAUGUUUGAUGUUUUAUCCUGUUUUUAAUGUUCUGUUUAAAGCCGCCCAGAGUGGCUGGGGAAACCCAGCCAGAUGGGCAGGGUAGAAAUAAUAAAUUCUUCUUCUUCUUCUUCUUCUUCUUCAGCCCCCCCAGCCUCUCAAGGUUGCUCUGUUUUUCUCUUAAUCCUGCUUAAUUCUGUCAUUUUAAAACCUGCUUUGCUCUCCUCCCUCACCAUUGAGUUAAUGCAAAUCCUGGAUUGUGAUGAGGUACUACAAGUCUUUCAGUGAUGUGUGAUAAUAACCUUAUAUUAUUAUGCAUAUAGGAAGAAACAAUUUUUAAAACCCUCCUAGUUCUAGAGUUCUGGGGACUCUCCAAACUGAAAUAACUAUUCUAUUGCAAUUCGUAGAAUAUUUAUCACCAAACUUGUAUGUUGAGGCAGGCCCUAAACCCAGUUUAAGAGUUAACGAAAUAGGAAACUUGCUUUUAUUCAAGCCCAAAGUAUCCUAGGAGAGCUGUCUAUGUAGCAUGAAGUUUGAUAGAUAGGGUAGAACAGAGACUUGUCCUGCUCACAGGUGCCUUACUUAGAUGAUUGUGUCCUAGAACUGCUGUUGUGAAAGAUCACUGUGCUUUUAUGCGUGCGUGUAUUUGACUUAAAUUGUAUUGCCAAUUUAAAUUGAAUUGUCACAGACUUUUUUUUUGGUAUCUCAUUGCUAUUUAACCCCACUGUUUACAUCCCCCCUCCCACAGGUUUGCUAAGUGUAACACUUAAUGCAUUUAAAUAAUGGACUGUACACCAUGAGAGCCCAUUACAUUAAAAAUUGGUUAAGUCUUUACAGGCCUUCAGGACUCUGUUGUUUGCUUUGCAACAGACCAACAAGCCGUUAUGCCCCUCUGGUUGCUGUAAUACAGUGACAGGGUCACAAAUAUAGUAAGCCCUCUACUUAUGCAGGGGUUGCAUUAUGGGGAUCGCACUUAAAACCAAAAUUGUGUAUAGUCAGAACACAUUUGGUGUAGGUGCCAAUAGGCUCUGUAUUAGUAUAAGCCCAACUGAACUACAAGGAUUCUGGUGUGAAAGAUGGAAACAUAAAACUGCUAUGUGGAAUUGGUAACAGGCUGGAUUUGGGUAAAUAAACUGCAGCUGAAGCUUGACAAGUUGGUAUGGGGGCUCCCUUUGGAACUGGUGUGGGGAACAUUUGGUCCUCCAGCUGUUGCUCCCAUUAGCCUUAGCUAGCAUGGCCAACGGCCAGGUCGCUGUGAUAAAGGGGAAAUCUCCUUUAGAGGUCACAUUCACACCAUACACUUAACUGCACAUUUAGAGCACACACUCCCAUCAAGUAUCAUGGGAACUGUAGCGUCACCCUCACAAAGCUACAGUACAGUCCCUCAGCAACCUGGACAAACUACAGUUCCCAUGAUUCUUUGCUGGGUGAGGCGGUGGAAGCCAAAGAGCUUCAGAGGUUUAUAGUGUGGAUGUGCGAUCCAAGUCUGCGAGGUGAAAUGGGCGGGUCGGAACCCUCCGCUCGUAGCCUUAUUUUCUGGGAGGGGAGGGGAGAAAGACACGUCAUUCUGAUUCUCUAGGAAAGGAGAGGAGACCGGCUGCCGGAAGUGACGUUGCGAUUUGUUGACAGCGGCUGGUGCUGCUGCUGCUUGCGGCGGGGUGGAGAGAGCGAUCGAGAGAGAGAGAAUUGGGAAAGAAAGAGAGGGGACCCGGGUGGGAACUAGGGACUCCCCCCGCAGCUUUUCUUUCGCUUAAUCUCUAUCCAGCCCCCCCUCCGCCCCUUCUCUCUUAUCCCUACCGGAAACGGAACCAACUCCAACCCGGACACUCUCUUUCGUCCAGGGAGCCGGGGAGCCAGGUGAGUGCGCGUGUGACUGAUGGGGAAGGUGGAAGUGGUACCCUGGGAGCAAUUCCUGCAUUGCUGGGAGGGGCGGAGGACCCGCUGGGAUCCACCUUGCUGCAACGGGGCGGGGGCGGAGAUUAUGGGCAGCACCCCCCCUUCCACCCCACCCAAAUUGCAUGGGAGCUACUCGCUGCAAGGGCGCAGUCGGUGGGCCCAGUGGGUGGGUUGGCGAAACCUCGAAACCCCGCCACUGGAAGGAUAUCAAGCCCCUUGAGACCCACCUGUUGAGAGGAGGGGUCACAGCUGAUCCAUCUGGGAUCUGCCGGUGGCAAGGGUACCAAUAUGUGCACAUUCUUCAGAAAGCUAGUACUGUAACCCAUAUCUCACCACAACCUUGAAAUUCCAUCACUGGAAAAUCUCAGCCUUGAGGCCCACUUGUUGAGAGGAGGGGUUGACAAAUGAUGCAUUGUCCAAAAUCCAUCUGUGUUUUGCCUAUGGCAUAUGUGCCAAGGCAGAUAUCUGUGCAGGUUCUGUUGCUGGGAAUGGGGGAGACUCACAGGGAAAGUGGCACACAGCACCUUUCAGACAGCUUUGCCUCAGGAUCCACUUGGGGUGAGUGAGUGUUCAUAGGGCACUAGUGGGGACCUACAGCCCUCCGGGUAUUGUUGGACUUCAGACCCAUCAACCCCAUGGCCAAUGGUCAGGGAUGAUGGGAGUCGGAAGUCCAGAUGCAUCUGGAAACCAAAGGGUUUUCCACCUCUGGUGCAGGAUAUAGUAAUGCUGUUCCUAAACUACAAGUAGCAUGUAACAGCAGUAUAUAAGAUGAAUAAAUAAAUAUUCCUUAAAACGAGAGGAACCUUAGAAUCCACUUGUCCCAUAGGAAAAUGUGGUGUCUACCCACUAUAAUCUGGUGCUGUGGGCUCUGUGUCAGCUGAGAUGCCUCAAAAUAUAAUGCAUAGAAAGGACUCUCCUGGUAAAUCCAUUUCCCCAAUACUCCCUCCUGCAGAUAAAUAUACUUAUUGAUCAGUUGCAGAAAAUAGACUGGUUUAGUUUUUAAAAGUUGUAUUGGAAGGCACUAUGUGUAUGCAGAAUGGCAGGAAUGUUGAGGGUGGAAAAAGAAAACACAGAGGAUGGUGUGGAGUGCCUAAUGGCUGCUGAAUGGUUAUAAAAUGUCCAAAUGCCCACUUGGAAUUGAGGAGGACAAAAAAAAGUAGAUGUUAGUGGUGGAUCAAACAGUUACCUUUGCCCAGAGCAACUCUUUAGGACUUAAAUUGCUGUUUUUGAAUGUCAUGCAUUUAUUAUUGCAUUUCUGUUCCUGUCUUUUCUACAUGGAGUUCUCCUUUUCUCGUCACAACAACCCUGUGAGGUUGGUUGGGCUAAGAGAUUUGUGAUAGACCCCAGGUCACUCAGUGAACUUCAUGACAGUGUGUGGGGAUUCAAACCUGACAUUCUAAUCACUACCCUGAUUCUGUGUACGCUUGAUCUGCAGAAAUUAGCACCAUGAGGCUCUUCACAGCCUGGAGAUAAACCUUAUGCCACCUGCUAAUUUGCUGCAGAUGAAUGGCUGAUAAACGUCAGUUACAGAUGAUACUUGUAAAGUUGGCAACUCUACGUGUUGUUAAACAGAGUGUUCAACAGUGCUUGUGUAUGAAACUGACGUACCAUCCCAUUUAAAUCAAUUACGAUGGUACAUACAGAUCUCAAGUUAAUGUGUAAUAAGGGCUUGAAGAAUACUAGUGCAUCAGGUUUAAAUCUGAUGUUGCAGGGUUAGUCUCAUUCUUUUCCUCCUGUAUCUUAUAUCUACAUCAUUUGGAAGGAACACACAUAGAUUUGAGUGGAAAACUGACUUCUAACACACAUGCACUAAGUAACAUAUUCUGAAAUAGCUUCAGACUUUCAUGCAGAGGGAAGGUGAAGAGGCAGGUUGCCUUUGAUUUGUUCCAAGUUUUUUGUUUGUGGGGAUCCAUGGGAACAUCAGCAGGAAGGUCAAAGCACUUUCCUCUUCAAAACUGUAGGCUCUGCUGGAAUCUAAUGGUCUGGUUUAGUCCACUCUGGAUGUUGGUCUGUGUUGCUGUCUUCUUCCACCACACCUCCCUUCUUGACUGCAACUGCAGCAUUGGCUGCAGCGAUGACUUAUGAUCAUGCAAUUCUGUCGCCCUGGCUAGGAAGGUUACGCAGCUUAUAAAAGAGUGCUAGGUUGUCAGAAGGCUAUAAAAGGGAUUUACUCAGGUGCACAGUUUACUUGAGGUUGGCACAGCCUGCCUUGAGAAGCAGGAGUAGCACUAGACUUCAAGUCUUUGGGCAAGUAGUAGAGCUGCAACCUUUUAUCAGUUACAAGGCCAUAAGAAGAGAAGUGCUGGACCAGGCCAGUGAUUCACCUGGUCCAGCAUCCUGUUCUCACAGUGGUCAAUCAGAUGCUCCAAUGGGAAGCUCACAGCCAGGACCUGAGCACAGGAGCUUUCUGCCCACCUGCAAUUGCCAGCAAGUGAUAUAUUUCCUCCAACAGGUCAAACAUAGUUAUUAUGGCUAAUAGCCACCACUCAGUUAAAACCCGUUUUCCUUAACUAAAAAGGCACACACAGUUAAUUAAGCAGUGCAUUUUUAGGAAGGUUACUUAUUUUUAAAAUAAGUAUUUAGUGCCCGCCAUCUUUUUAUAUCUUGGAAGAGAAUCCAGUGUGCUAUGGGGUGCAGUUCAGUGUUUUGCUUCCUGCACCUUGGGAUCAGAUUACCUAAGAAAUUGCCUCGGCCCCGUAUCCUUGCUGGUCAACUUUGUUGCUCAGGUGGGACAUUGCUGAGAGUACUGCAUGCCCCAGAGGUGUGCUAUGUAUGCAGUAAAGGCUAGGCUUUUAAUGUUGCAGCUCCAGCCAUCUGGAAUGAGUUCCCACCUGGAAUUAGAAAAGUGCUUAAUGUCUUGAUAUUUAGGCGCUGGAUGAAAAUGGUUUUGUUUUUUAAAAAGCUUUUAUUAAAGAUUUUAUUGGGUUAGAAAAGUAUUGCUUUGUGUCUAUUUUCAGGUUGCAAAGUCUUUUCUAUGGAUAAGUUACAUUUGAUGUGAGCCAUUAAUGUUGUAUACAAUAUAAGGUUGGGGGAGAAGAGAGCUGGGGAGAGAGAUUGAGGGGACGGGUGGUAGUAAACUUACAUUCUUUUACUUAGUGUAUGUGUGAGGUUUUUGUGUCAUCGUCACUUGGGUAGAUUCUCUUUCUUUUCACUUAUUAGUUUUCAUUGGCAGUUAGAAAGUUUUUUUGGGGGAGCCCAGGGCAUGGUUGGUUACCUUCAGUUGACUGCAGAUUUCUUUGUGGUGGGGUUGUUGAGUCAAGUUAAGCAUAUUGAUUUGUGUGCUAAUGGGUUCUUGUUGUCUUGUUGGACUGUGUGUGUAAUAAAGGGCAGCUACUCUGGGGCGAAUGCGUCCUCUUUUAUUUGUCCCCUUUUCAGUUUCAGUAUGUUGGUUAGCUUUUCUAGGAAGGCUGUUUCCCAUACAAUUUGGUACCAGUGGUCCAUGUUCACUCGUGACAGGUCUCUCCAGUGUCUGGCUACGAUGCUUCUGGAUGCUGAGAGUAGGUGGGUUAUAAGCUCUUCAUAAUGUGUGUGCUAUUGUCUUGGAAAAUAUUCAAUAGGACCAGUUCUGGGGUGGCUUCUGUUAGUUACUUUGCAUAUUUCUUGUAGGACAAGAAGGGUUAGAUUUUGGGGUAAUCGCAUAACAUGUGGACCUCACAGCUACCGGGAACAGUGUUGAACUUACCCUUUUCUUGAAUCUUCUUGAACUUAUUUAAAAAACAAGAAAUAACGAAAAACUGAGUCAAGAAUUUCUAAGAACCUAGUAAAAUCUGAUAUUGCAAGUUCACUUUAUUUUAGGUAGUUUGUAAGUUUUCUUGGCACUUUGUAAGUAAUUGUCUCUUUCUCACAUAUUUGAUAAACGGUGUAAAAGUUUGUAAUGUUGUGCAUAUUUUUUCUUUUUUCUUUUAUUAACACUGCUUUUUAAUACACUCUCUUUCUUUCUUUCUUUCUCUCUCUGGGCUACUAAGAUAGUCACUUACACAUUAUUGAAAAAGACAGAUGUAAGGACACAUUUGCAUAAAAUGUGCAUAUGCUGAUCUAUACCUGUAUAUGCAAAUUUAGAAAUAAUGACUAUAAUUUGAAUAGAAAGAAAGGUACAGCUCACCUCAGUGGGGUAUUGGGAAGACUGUGAGCAGCAGCCUGCUUGCUUACUCUACUGCCCAGCUGUUUUCUGCUGAUGUUCCUCUGCUUCCUGGGAUUCUUCCCCUUUAAGCCAAAAUUGGACUUCAAAAAAGGCAGCUCUUCAAAAUAAGAGCCUUCCAAUAGAGGCCUCUUCUCUGUAAAGCAGGAUACACGCCUCUUCAUCAAACUACCUCUCAGGUUGUGAGAUUAAAAUUGAGGGGGAACAAUGUAUGCUAGCCUAUGUUCCUUGGGGAGCAGCAGAAGAACAAUGUAAUAAAAUAAAGUUGUGUGUGUGUGUGUGUGUGUGUGUGUAAUUUUAAUGUUGCUUGAAUGGACUGGAGGCUCCUUCCCCAACCUGCUGCAUUCCAGACUUUGCUGGACUACAGUUCCCGUUAGCCACAGUCGAGGAGUAGGGGGGUUGUAGUUCAAGGCAUCUGGAGCGCACCAUGUUGUCUACCCCUCCUUUGUGUCCCUUAAAAUACCCCAUAAAGUCCCCUUUGCCCCCCCACCCCCGUUUCAUUAGACAUUUAGUCAAGGUUGAGUUUUGGUAUCCAAGACUACCACACACCCAUCCCUGUUUGGUCUGCCUUCAGGCCACUGAAACUAAAUCUUUGUUUGGCUUGAGGGUGGGAAAAUAUUGCAAGGACUUCUGUGCUUUGUGGUGGAAAAUGUCCCACCCCACUCUCUGAUUUAUCUUCUUCUCUCCACCCCGCCGCCAUCGGCCUGCAGCAUUCCCGCAAAGUCCAGUGGGGAAUAUCCCUAAAACAAAGGAACAGGAACUCCAGGUGGGGACGAAGAAGCACUUUUUUUGCCCCACAUUUGCCCCUUCUCCCUCACUCUCCCUGGUCUUCCCCUGUUCACUGCCACAAGAUGGCUUCCGACAGCCCAGACCCUCUGAUGACCCUCUGCACAGAUUAUUGUCUUUACAACUUGGAGGGGACUCUUUGCUACUUGCUGGACAACGAGACACUCCGUCUCCACCCAGACAUCUUCCUGCCGAGUGAGAUUUGUGACAGACUUGUCAAUGAGUAAGUUUAUUUAUUUAUUGUAUUUGGGAACACCUUAUCUUCAAUAUCCCAGCCUUGUCACUUCAGUCCCUAGCAGAGAGACGCUUCUAAAAGAACCUGCCUUACACAGAGUCAGACCCUUGCUCCAUCUAGCUCUGCAUUGUAUGGCUGGAAAUGGCUCUCUGGAGUGUCAGGCAGGAGUCUCUUCCACUUGAGAUGCUGGGAGUUGAACCUGGAAUCUUGUGCAUGCAAAGCAUAUGCUCUGCUGCUGAAUUUCUUACUAGUGCUGCUCAUUCCUGAGGUUCAUGGUAAAGUCUUGAGCACGGUAGCACAUGCUUCAGAAAACGCACAUAACUUCUCUCAAAGAAUCCUGGGAACUGUAGUUUGUUAAAGGUAGUGGGAAUAUAACUCUGUGAGUUUACGGCCCACAAAGCUACAAUUUCCAGCACCCUGAACAAAUUACAAUUCCCAUGAUUAUUGGUUGAAGCUGUGUGCCUUAAAUGUAUGGUCUGGAUGUGACCACUGUAUUUAAAUUUCUUAAGUGCCCUAAUAUAUAAGGCUUACACAUGAGUAGCAAUGUAUCCUUUUUUGUAUUUAAUCUUCAUGACUUACCCUGUGAGGUAGUGUAGGUGGAAAAAUUCUGUUCGUUCAGGAAGGAGCCAUGAAGGACUUCAGGGCUAAGCAAAGAUUUGGAUCCUUAUUUCUGGCGGCCAAACCCAAGCCCCUCUGUCUGCUGAUGUUUAAUUAACAAAAAACGCUCAGAUCGUUUCCCCACCUUGAUCUCUGUCUCUAAACAUAGGUAUGUGGAGCUGGUAAACGCCGACACUAUCUUUGAGCACAAUGAGAACUUCUUCACGCUCUUCUCGGAUCCACGGAGCACCAGGCUGGCAAGAAUCCAUUUGCGGGAGGAUAUUGUGCAAGAUCAGGACCUGGAAGCCAUACGAAAACAGGUAGGAACAGAAGAAGCCAAUUUGUAGCAUUGAACCAUUGGUCCCUUGAACUCAGCAUUGUCUACACUGACUGGCAGUGAAUCUUGCUGGUUCAGGCAGGGGUCUCUCCCAGUCCCACCUGGAGAGGCCAUGGGGGAUUGGACCUAGGACCUUCUGCAUGCUAAGUAGAUGCUCUGCUGCUGAGCUGUAGGCCCUUUCCCUAAAAAAUAAAAUCACAUUCUAGUCCUCAUGAUUCUGAAUAAAGAGCUGAAUUAAAUAGGAAUAGAAGUCUUUUCCCAGCCCUACCUAGAGAUGCAAUGGUGGAUUGAACCUAGGACCUUCUGCAUGCAAAAUAGUUGUUUUAUGACUGAGCAACAGACAUUCCCUCUGUUUGGCAUCUUCCACAGAAGGCACCACUCUCCAGGACACAGGAUCGUUCCCAAACCUAAUCUUUCAUAGGGACAUGAGAAGCUGCCUGAAACCAAGUCAGCCGAACUUUUCUAACUUUUCACUCUACCUUUCCGUCCCUUAGGACCUGGUCGAAUUAUUCUUGACAAACUGCGAGAAACUGACAGCCAAGAGCCUCCAGACCCUGGGCAGCUUCAGCCCCACCCUUGUCUCCCUCAGCCUCUUCGGCUGCACCAACAUUUUCUAUGAGGAGGAGAAUCCAGGGGGCUGCGAGGAUGACUUAAACCCAACCCGCCAGGUCUUGGUCAAGGACUUCACAUUUGAGGGCUUCAGCCGCCUGCGGUUCCUCAACUUGGGCCAGAUGACCAAAGGGGUGAAUGUGGAGAGCCUGCUCCGACCUCUGGCUUCACUGACUGCACUGGACCUCUCUGGGAUCCAGCUCAACGACAUCUUUUUCCUCACCCAAUGGAAGGACAGCUUGGCUUCCCUGGUGCUUUACAACAUGGACCUCUGUGAGGAGCAUGUUCAGGCCAUCGCCCAACUGCGCAAGCUCAGGUCAGCUGGUGGUGCUGUUGACCCGCUUGUUUUUGCAGCCACUUUGCCCCGCCUUUAGUAGCCUGGCUGGACUAGCACCCCCAUCAGUCCCCAGCCUGCAUGUUUUUUUUACUACAACUGCCAACAACCCCCAGCCUGCAUGGAUGGUUGUUGUAGUCCGAAACACCUGGAGAGCACUGAGUUGGCGAAGGCUGGGUUGACCUGAUUGUUAACUUCUCCAUCCAGGAUAGAGCCAACUUGUGGAACUUGUCGCCACAAGAUAAUGCCUUUCUAAUUGAUUGAAUUUCUACCCCAAAGAUGUGACUGUUUUUGCAGGCAUUUAGUCCGGGCUCCUCCACCCUGCUGUCCUCCAGGUGCUUUGGACUGCAACUCCCAUGAGCCCCCAGGCAGCAUGUGCUUAAAUGCUUUCCUUGCUGUAAGCCAAAGCUCAAGGUGAUCCUUAGAAUAGAGCCAUUGAAACCAACAGCACUUCUCUGAGUAUAACUUAUUUGACUAUUACCCUAUAAAACCUAUGAAAAUCCAAUGUUUACUCACAGUAAGAACCUUCUAAAAAUAACUGUAGCAGAACUGCAGAAGGAAUGAGCUAGAAUAGAUAUAUUUAGGUGCCAGGCGAAAACCUUCCUCUUCAACCAGCCCUUUGGCUGAUUAACGUCUGAUACCCUUUCAAAAGUGCUAUGGGAGGGGGGAUUAUUGGUUUGUUUUUGUUCUUAUUUUUAUUACAUAGUUUGUGUUUUUAUACUGUAUUUUUAUGUUGUGAACUGCCCUGAGAUCUAUAGAUGAAGAGCGAUAUACAAACUAACUAACUAAAUAGAUAAAUAAAUACCAUUUUCUAAUAUAUGUGGCAAUGGAAGGGGUUGGGCACACUCUGCAAUUUGCGUAGCUGCCAAGAAGUAGCCAUUGCAAGUGCAGUGUGAGGGGCAGCAGGCCAGCUCAUGUGAACUGUUUAAUGGAGGGGGAAGGCGUUGUGGGGGGGAUGUUGGUUAGGUGUAGAUGAAUGGCAAAGAGUAAGAGGGGCUGGUGAGCAGGAGCCACAGCCCCUAGUAAUAAAUAUUAUUAUCAUAACAACAUAAGAAAAGCCCUGCUGGAUCAAGCCCCUGGUCCGUCUAGUUCAGCAUCCAACUGCGUGUCUCUGGGAAGCGCACAAGCAGGACCUGAGCACAACACAACUGCUCCCACUUGUGAUUCCCAGCAACUGGUAUUCAGAAGCAUUUCUGCUUCCCAGCCAUGGUAGCGGAGGAUAACCAUUGUGGCUGGAGCCAUUGAUAGCCUUGUCUUCUUCCAUGCAUUAAUCUAAUCCUCUUUGAAAGCCAGCCAAGUUAGUGGCCAUCAUUUCUUCCUGUGGGAGAAAGUUCCAUAGUUGAACCAUGCAUCGCCCUGAACAUUCAGUUUCAUUAGAUCCCCCCCCCCCCGCAAAAGUUCAAGUGCCUUUCUCCUUGCCAUGCAUAGUUUUACACACUUCUAUCUUGCCGUCAUGCUUCUGUUCUUCCUUGUUCCCAGGCACUUGGACAUCUCCAGGGACCGCCUCUCCAGUUAUUACAAAUUCAAAUUGACCCAGCGGGUCCUGAACCUCUUUGUGGAGAACCUGGUCAACCUCACCUCUCUGGACAUCUCUGGCCACAUCAUGUUGGAGAAUUGCUCCUCUUCUAGUGAGGAUGAGAAAGUGGGCCAGACAAGGUGAGUCAAAUGGGACCUAUCUUGGUGGCUUCAAACAGGGGUAGGGGAACCUGGGGCCCUCCCAGAUCUUACUAGACUCCCAACAGCUCACAUCAGCCUCCAGCAGCUAGUAUGGCCAGUAGGUCAGGGAUGAUGGGAGCUGUAGUCCAUCAACGGUUGGAAGGCCACAGGUUUGCCAUCCCUGAUUUAAGAAGGAGCAUUCCAUACUGCGUGCAAGAAAUGGAGGAAUGCCACUAUUUAGAAGACACAUUCCUCAUGAGGGAACCUCAGAAGUGGGGAACCAGUGGGUGCUCACAUAUUAUUGUACUCCAACUCCCAUCAGCCCCAGCCAUCAUGGUCAUUGGCCAGGAUUUAUGGGAGUUGGAGUCCCACCAUGUUUGGAGGGUAACAGGGUGCCCAUCCCUGCUGAAGACAACUAAAUGGGCACUUGCCUGACUCUGGUUGAUGUGCACAGAAGACUGGAAUGAGCCACAACUCAAUCCACACGUUCCUCUUUUUUGAGCGCUGAGGGUCCCAGGCUCAACCCUGAGCAUCUCCCAGUUAAAAGGUUCUUGGGGGAGCUGAAGGCAUAACCUUGGAGAGCUGCUGCCAGUCAGAGUCAUACUAGCCAGACUGACGAGCGGCCUGCUUCUUUUGGGUGAGGUUUUUCAUGUCUUUCCUAUUUUCCCCCAGCAUCAGCCCUGAAAUGAGCAGCAUCACCCCCUUCAGGAACCUGAAGCAGCCUCUCCAGUUCCUGGGCCUUUUCGAGACCUCCCUUUGCCAUCUCUCACACAUCCCAGCCUACAAGGUAAAGCAAGAAUAGACGGCAACAAGUAUUCAUAAUAACUAUAUCUGCUACUGAGGCAUCUUUUUAGCUGAGGGAAAAAUAUUUUUAAUCGUUUGGCAAAAUAACACAGCUCAUAGAUGCAUAUUAGGUCUUCUUGAGGAAUGUGAUCUCCAUGGAUUCUGAAAGGGACUGAUCUGAUUUGUGCCAAUGUGUUCAAAAAACAUAGCUCUCAAUCAGAUUUCACACCCACACUCACAAACACAUAGGCUACACUGGGAGAUCAUUAUAUUAUUCACAUAGUGCCAUCCAUAAUUUGGUAACAUAAACAAAUUACUGACCCCACAAUCUAAUCUGCUCCCAUCAGCGAUUUCAGUGGUCUUAAGUAGAAAAUACCUAAAAGUUUUUCUCACCCUUUAUAUACUCAGUUGAACACUGCACUCUGCAGGUGAGGGCCUCCUGCAGAUACUGUCUUCUCAGGAGAUCCAUUAGCCACAAUGUAGGAAUUGGGCCUUUAGUAUAGCAGCACCUGCACUUUGGAAUUCUGUCCCAUUAAAAUGUUAGACAGGUGCAUUUUUUAUUGCCUUUUCAGCACCUGCUGAAGACCUUCCUAUUCCAACAAGCACUUUAAGUUGAGAUCUUUCUGUCAGUCUGCAUCUGCACUGAAGUUGUUUUUAAACAUUAUUUUAAACAUGUUAAAGCUGUUUUAUUGCUUGUCGUUUGCAUCUCUGGACCCCUUUGGGAUCCAAAAUAUAUAAACAAAAUAAGUGAAACAUGUGCGGCUGGUUGGGGAUUUGAAGCCAAGUCUUCCCCAUCCCAAAAGCCAAUGCUCUACCCACUGCCCUACACUUCACACCUCCAGUGCCACCUCUGAACUGUCCCCAUUCUCCAUGACAGGUUACUGGGGGCAAGAGUGAAGAGCAAGUGCUCAACGCCAUUGAGGCAUAUACCGAGCAUCGUCCUGAGAUCACGUCUCGAGCCAUCAACAACCUUUUUGACAUCACUCGUAUUGAGCACUGCAACCAACACCUGAGAGCCCUCAAGGUGAGCAAGUUGUAGUCUUUUAUUCUGAACCAUGAGGACUAGGAGACUGAGAGGAGAUACAAUAGCCAUCUUCAAAUAGCUAAAAGGUGUCACAUAGAAUAUAGAGCAAGCUGGUUUUCUCCUGCUCCGGAGGGUAUGACCCAAACCAAUGGAUUCAAGUUACAAGAAAGGAGAUUCCAGCUAAACAAAAGGAGCAACUUUCUGACAGUGAGAAUGGAAUAGUGGAAUGGACUCCCUCGGAAGGUGUGGGAACUCCCCUUCCUUGGAGGUUUUUAAGCAGAGUUUGGAUGGCUGUCUGUCAUGGAUGCUUUAUUUGAUAUUCCUGCAUUGCAACUGCAAUUCUAUGAUUCUUUUAUUCUCUUUUUUGAGAAGGGCCAUAGCUCGGUAGUACAGCAUCUGCUUUGUAUGCAGAAGGCUCCAGGUUCAAUCCCCAAUGGAAUAUCCAAGUAGUGCUGGGGGUGGGAAUACUCUAUCAGAAAGCCUGGAGAGCUGCUGUCAGUCAGCACACUGGGACUAAUGGUGUGAUCUCGUAGAAGGCAGCUUACUAUGUUUUAAGAGAAGGGUGAUACCUCAGUGAUAGAGCAUCUGCCUUGCACGCAGAAGGUCCCAAGCUCAAUCCUCAACAGCACCUCUGGGUAAGGUUUGGAAAUAGACCUCCCUGUAAAAAUCCUGUAGAGCUGCUGCUGGUCGGUGAAGACAGCACUGAGAUUGAUUGGUAUAAGACAGCUUCCAAUGUUCUUACUUAAUUCAGCCCUCUAUUCAGGGCUGGACUAGAAUCCAGGAGGACUAGAACCUUGCUUUAUUUAGAAGGAAAGGUAGAUAAUCCGCUUUGCAUGCAAAUGGUCCUGGGUUCAGUCCCCCGACUGAAAGCAGCAACAACAGCAGAUACCUAUUAUAUUCACUGGAUUGGUUUCCAUUCCGAAUACGGGAUGAACAGCCAAAUGCCGGCAAUUUCUGUUGCUGUUUUCUGAGAUCCCCACUGGUAGCAGCAACAGAUAAUCUUCAAAGCUUAUACAAAGAGUAAUUGCACCUCAGUGGAAAACAGCCCCAAAUCAAACACUGGACCACUCACUCUGGAGCAGAGCUAUAAUGGAGAAAAUUGUGCAUAAUUUGAGAUUCUAACAAGGAUUGGACCCUCCAGGUGCUUUCUGUCUGAUCUGGCAUUCCUUGACGACAUAGACAAUGGAACCAUCGUUUUCAAGACAGCUCUCGUCACAAGCCGGGCAAAUCUGAAACUAGACUUGAUAAUAUUCUUUACGUAUACUUUGUUAUCUUAAACCAAGUUCAGUUGUGCUUAUUCCACAUGCUUAUGUUAGUUUUGUUUUUUGUCUGUUGUUACAGCUGUUUUCUCUGUUUUAUAUGAAUUUUUAAAUGAAAUAUAAAAAUCCUUAUUUUUUAAGAUCCCAGGGCGUUGUAUAAGAGAGAACUUUUUCUCUGAUCAGCCGGGGCUCUUACAUUCUCAUGGAGGAGAAUCAUAGACUUAUAGAAUUGUAUUUAUUUCAUAAAAUGUAUACCCUGCUUGAUUGUUGUGGUUUUUGUUUAAAAAAACCACCUCUAAAAGUGGUUUGCAAAAAAGCUAAAAAUAAAAUCAAGAAAAAAUUGAAUGACAAUGGCAUUUUCCUGCUCCGUUUCCACAGCUAGUUAUAACAGCUCUGAAGUGCCACAAAUACGAUAAGAAUAUCCAGGUGACAGGAAGCGCCACUCUGUUCUACCUCACCAAUGCAGAAUACCGCUUGGAGCAGAGCAUCAAGUUGCGGCGCCAGGUUGUCCAGGUGGUGUUGAGUGGCAUGGAGUCUUACCAGGAAGUCACUGUAAGUGGUCACUGCCAAAUUUAUAAUUUCACUGACAUAAUUGUGGGUCCUGGGUGGCCAGGUCUGCUGGGGCCCCCAAGAGUCAAGAGGUAGAGUCAGGGAGAGGGGCAGUGCGUCUUGCAUCAGGAGUGGAGCCUGUUGCGGUGGAGUCUAGCAGGGGAAAGCAUCUGAUUGGCUGCUCCUGGUGGCUCAGAGGCAGAGCUGAGAGCAAAAGUUCUCAACUUCCUUGUGAAAAAAUGCACCAGGAUCAAAAUGGGCAACAAAUUAACUUGCAUCUCCACUGAUUUAAAAUCCCCAUGCCCAGUCUUACGAACAAUCCAAGCAAGCUUCAGUUAAUUAUUAGCUGAAGCUUCUGAUUUAUUGAUUGAUUACUGCUGACUUUUUCAAGUGGUUCAGAGUUCUGCGCUUAACAAAGCCGCCUUCUACCAUGUCAGAAUAUCUUCCUGACCGGCAGCAGCUCUCCGGUGUCUCUGGCAGACAUGGAAAGCGCUGUGGGUUGGUGGGCAGAGCAUCUGCACUGCAAACAGAAGGUCCCACGUUCAGUCAGGAUCACCAUGUAGGAAUGUGGGAAUGUUCUCUGCCUGAAACCUGGAGAGCCACUGCCAGUCACUGUAGACAGUGCUGAGCUCAGUGGGGUAACGGUCUGACUCAGUGAAAGGCAGCUUCCUUCUGGAAACUGGGGAGACUGCAUUGCCCAAAGCUCACCUAAAGCAGGACAGCCCUUUCUGGCUGCCUGGUCACCACUACUUCCUCCCUUCUUCCCUCCCCCAGGUGCAGCGCAACUGCUGCCUGACUCUGUGCAACUUCAGCAUCCCUGAGGAGGUGGAGUUCCAGUACCGGCGGGUCAAUGAGCUGCUCCUGAAUAUCCUAAACCCAACGCGGCAGGACGAGUCGAUUCAGCGCAUCGCAGUGCACCUUUGUAACGCCCUGGUGUGCCAGGUGGACAACGACCACAAGGAGGCUGUGGGCAAGAUGGGGUUUGUCAUGGUGGGUUUUCGUGAACGCAACCUUCAGGCGUCUGCUCAAUGCUAACGGAGGCUGAGCCAAAAUUUCUUUCCAGGGCGCUUUCUGGAUUCUUUUCCCACUUAAACCAUACAGAUUCCCUUAUAGGCAACCUUCUGGGGCUGGCAUGCCAGGGAAGCCAAAAGUGGUCAGGACCAGAGGCUGGAAGUGGGUGGGACCAGGGGAUAAAUGAGGGCAUGCCAAGUGAAUGAUGGGCAGGGUCAACAGAGACAUUGCCUGGUGAGGGAGAUACAGCCUUGGCCAAGUUCUGGGGGGCCACAUUGGGUGGGGGGAGAGAAGAAACUGAUGGACAGCAUUUGGCCCCUGGGCCUGCUUUAUCCAGUGACCACCCCUUGUCCUCAAUUAUCCUAAACAUUUACAUAGCUUCUUUUUCCCACCAACAGACCAUGCUGAAACUGAUUCAGAAGAAGCUGUUGGAUAAAACGGUAUGACUCAGAUCUGGUUUUCUGUCCUGCCCUCCCCCACCCCCCGCAAACCCCACAAGGUCACCAGAGCCAGGAACAAAUCAAAUCAAAUAGUUUUAAUCAAACUACAAAAGGCCGGUAGAGUGUGGUAAAGACCCCAGCCUGAAACCAUGGAGAGCUGUUGCUAGUCAGUGUAGACUGUACUGAUACUGAUGGACCUUAAUGGUCUGAAUCAGAAGAAGGCACCUUUCUAUGUUCAUGUGACUUACAGAUCACUCUGAGGAUCUCCCAGGUAGCUCCAGAUUUUACCUUCUUCCCCAAAGAACAAAUCUUUCAAACAUAUUACAUUUUCAUUCCUGCCCCCUUCUUCCAAGGAAAUGUAUUGACUUUUCUCCAGCUUUCACCAUCACAGCGACCCGGCAAAGUAGGAUAGGUGGGGGGGCGGGUAGACUGUCCCAAGACUACCCAGUGACCUUCAGGGGGCAGCAUCAGGAUUUUAACCCUGGUGGUGCUGAUCACACACACUGCUGCUGCUUUUGAGGGGGAUGCCUCACUUUUUCCAGCAUUCCAAAGUGCUGCCUCCAAAACCAUGCUGUCCGUUGUCCCUGCCCACCACACUCCUAUUGGUGGUGAGGACACAAAGAAGGAUUUCCAGCCAAACAGAAGCCAGAGGCUGAAGCCCCUUAGAGACCCCAAUAGAUUGAAUCUUUUUUUCCUUUUCCAUUACUCCGGCAGUGUGAUCAGGUGAUGGAGUUCUCCUGGAGCGCCUUGUGGAACAUCACGGACGAGACCCCAAACAAUUGUGAAAUGUUCCUCAACUACAGUGGCAUGAAGCUCUUCUUGGAGUGCUUGAAGGUAUGCAGAAUUUCAAGCGCUAUUAGUUACAUGAACUACAGAAACAGAAUAAUCACAUUCGAAUGCCUGUCACUGGGAGUCACAAGUGUGGGGGAGUUGCUGGUGUGCUCAGGUCCUGUUUAUAGGCUUCCCAUUGGGGCAUGAGUACAACAAAAGGCUUGGUUGCCCAUAUCCUCCUGAGGUGAGGGGAAGUGACAUUGGCCAAGCCUGGCAGGACAACCUAUUUCAUGCAUUAAUUAACUCCUUCAUGUAUUAAUUAGAUUAUUACCCUAGAAUCUUUCAUUUUUCCUCCCCUGUCUCUGUAUGCCAAUUGCUGGGAAUCUCAGCAGGGGUAGGGGGAAGAGUGCUGUUGCACUCAACAACCUGCUUGUAGGAUUCCAUCUGAUUGCCCACUGGGGGAACAGAAUGCUGGACUAGAUUGGCCUGUGGCCUGAUCCUUCAGGACCCUUACAUUCAACCUCCACUGUCAAAGGCAGUAGCUGGGAGUCAUGAGUAGGAUGAGUGUUGUUGUGCUCAGGUCCUGUUUGCGAGCUUCCCGGAGGUGUGAUGUGCAUAAACCUCUCCCACCCAAACUGAAACCUUCUCUCAUGCAUUCAGUAAAUACACGGGGGUGGGAUCACUGGAACACUCUCAUGAAUGGUAUGCUUUGAAGCAAUGUACCAGACGUGUGCACUGUGUCUGUGUGUGCAUGGAUAUCUGUUGCCAAGAAUGUUUUCUACCUCGGGUGGCAAAGUGUCUCACAUUGGCCCCAAGUGAGAAGUGUGUUAGGGCAGAGGUGGGCAACCUGCAGGGCCCUUCAUAUGUUGCUGGACUCCAACUCCCAUCAGCCUCCAACAAGCCUGGCCAAGAGCCAGGGAUGGUGGGAGUUGGAGUCUAAUCAUAUCUAGAAGGCCACAAGUCUCUCAUCCCUGAUCUAAAAAGCAGCUUGCAAGCAAUGCAGAAAUGCUUCUUUCUGGUUCAGAUUCCCCACUGCUGAUCUAAGAAGAGGCAUUUCCUUCUCAAGAGAUGCAACAAUGUCUCUUGAUUCUUCCCCUUAUGAGAAAGUGAAAUGCCUCUUCUUAGAUCGGGGUGGGGAACCUGUGGCCUUCCAUAUACUGCUAGACUCAAGCUCCCAUAAGCCCCAGCCAGCAGGCAUGUUGGGAGCUGUAGGCCAGGAACAUGUAGUGGGGUCAUAGGGUGACUUGCUGUAGGCUGGGAGGUUGGCAUGAUGACCAUUUUAAAUCCCUCUCCCUCUUCUGUUACAAUCUUUGUUCCUUGCACCUGCCUUCCCUGCAGGAAUUUCCCGACAAGCAAGAACUGCAUCGCAACAUGCUGGGCCUCCUGGGAAACGUGGCAGAGGUGGAAGAGCUCCGCCCACAACUGAUGACAUCCCAGUUCAUCAGUGUAUUCAGGUGGGUGCAUCUUUUAGGGCUAAGUAUCACCAUCCUCUUCUGCUCUGGUAAAAGAGAAUAUCUGAAGGGAUUGGCUGCUGGAAUGGACCAAAGUGGCCCACUUAGUCCAGCCCCGUCUUCUUCAGUGGCCAGCUAGAUGUCCCAACAGGAAACCCACAAGCAGAACCCGAGUGAAACGGCAGCACCUCAUUCCCAGCAACUAGAUUUCAGAGGCAUCCUGCCUCCAGCGAUGAGUGAAUAAAUAGAACAUAAGAAGAGCCCUGCUGAAUCAGACUAUUGGCCAUUUAGUAUGGUACCCAGUCCUCACAGUGGUCAAACAGAUGCACCAAGCUGGGCCCUCAGUGUGAAGGUACUCUCCCCACCAACUGGUAUAGCAAUGAAAAGCCAUCAGUCAGGUGUGUGAUUGGCCUCCCUUGCUGGGGAUGUUUAGGUCUGCCCAACGAGCUGAGGUCUUUUCCCAUGUCCCAACCACAGACAACUCAGAUGUUGGAAGAUUGCAGAGGAGAAAAUCCUUUGGGAGAGGGUGGCUUUUUAGGUAUCCAGGACCCAGGGCUUUAAAGGUUGAUGCAGUUCAGCUUAUACGUCUAUUUUAUACACGACAGCAACCUGUUGGACAGUGAAGCUGACGGCAUUGAAGUAUCCUACAAUGCCUGUGGAGUCCUCUCCCACAUCAUGUUUGACGGCCCGGAAGCCUGGAUGAUCAGUGAGCCCCGCAGGGAGGAGGUGGUUGACCGGAUGUGGGCAGCUAUCCAGCGGUGGGAUGUCAAUUCCAGGAGGAACAUCAACUACAGGUAGGCAGAGACUGGGCUGGGGAAUCUCAGGCCCAUGGACCAAAUGUGACCCUCUCAGUUCUGGCCCUCAGGACUCUCCCCAGGACACCACCCUCAGGGGUACUGCUCCACCCCCCCCCCUUGAGUGCUUUUGCUAGGCUCGGACAUAUCCUUAAACUGCGAUUCACUUCCCCUACCCACAUUGGCCUGGAAAACCUUGUAUUUUAUUAGUUUUGUAAUAUUUUCCUUUACCAUUUUUAAAUGGUUAUUGUUGUCAUUGUUGUUUGACCUCCACAAAAUACCUGCAGAAUGUUAGGUUUCCCAUUCUUUCUCCUGAUCACUUUUUUACCCUGCUUUUUGUCAUCUUUUCAGGUCUUUUGAGCCAAUCCUCAGGCUCAUCCCUCAAGGAAUCUCUCCAGUGAGCCAGCACUGGGCUACGUGGGCCCUUUUCAACCUUGUGUCUGUCUACCGUAAGUCCCUCCUGAGAAACCUCUACUGCAGCAGCUGAGGUUUAGACUAGGUAGUUAAGAAUGUUCCUCUAAGGAAAUAUCCGCACCAGAUGUUAGAAUCAUAGAAUUGUUAAGAGUUGGAAGGGACCACAAGGGUCAUCUAGUCCAACCCCCUGCAAUGCAGGAAUCUUUUUGUCCAAAGUGGGGCUCGAACCCCAUGACCCUGAGAUUAAGAGUCUCGCACUGUAUUGACUGAACUACCCCCUAGGCUUCACUUCCAUGAUCCCUUGCCAUUGCUGGGGGGUUACUGGGAGUUGUUUCAGCAAGCAGUAGUUAAAAUUAGUCACAGUUUAGGGUGUGAGAAUGCAUCACUGAUGUAUUUUCUUUGAAGCAUUGCUAGGAGCCCAUAGACAUAAUUUCAGUAUUUCUGUUCUCAUGUUUUCCUAGACUCUUUAUGUAUGUGAUUGCAAAUUGUGCAGACCACUUGGAGAGUUUGUUAUAUUAAGAGAUAUAUGAACUAUUAAAAAGAAUGAAAUGACUGAAUGAAGAUUUGCAAGACUGUAGAUUCCCCUUCCUGCUCUAAAAAGCAGUGUUCCUUCCUGAAUGAGAUGGAAGGAGGAAUGCCAGAAAGCAUCUAUUUAGAAGAGGCAUUCCGUCCCAAGAGAGGUGGUUUCUCUUAGAGUGGGGGCAGCAGGUUUUUCUUUUACCUCCCAGAUGUUGCUGGACCCCCAACUCCCAUCAUCUCAGAGGAAGAUGGAAGUUGUGGUCCGAAAACAGCUGGAGGGUCACAGGUUCCCUAACUCUAAUGUGGCAUCUUAUUUUAAUCUCUGCUUACUUAAUCUCUUAUUUUAAUCUUGUUUACUUCUUGCUCUUCAAUUCCCUUCCCCUGCAAACAUUCAGUUAAGAAUAAUGUGAUAAAAAUGGGAGGACAGGGAACCUUCAAUGAAAAAUAAUUUUUUGAACUUACAGGAUAACUUCUAUGGAUGUAUCCAAACAUUUUUUAGGAUCAUCAAGUAGGAUGGUAUUUCUCUUCCUUCUACCUUAUUUUUAUAUCCUUUCCUGGGUAGAGUUCCUCUGCCCUCAAUGAAGUCAAACCCAGCAUCGGGAAGUGUAGACAGCCCCUCUUUUAAGAGCAAAAUAUGAUCACUUUUCCUUUUAUAAUUCAGUGUAGUUGGGAGUACAGUGGUACCUCGGGUUAAGUACUUAAUUCGUUCCGGAGGUCCAUACUUACCGUAUUUUUCGCCCUAUAGUACACACUUUUUCCCCUCCAAAAAUGAAGGGGAAAUGUGUGUGCGUCCUAUGCGGCGAAUGCAGGCUCUCGCUGAAGCCUGGAGAGCAAGAGGGGUCGGUGUGCACCGACCCCUCUCGCUCUCCAGGCUUCGCGCACCUCUCCGCAAGCAGCGGGAGCCGGUGCUGGGCUCCCACAGCUUGCAGAGAGCUGCCUGUUCUGGGGGCUGGGGUCGGGGAAAGCUCAGGCUUCCCCUGCCCCAGCCCUGCACCUGGGGGAAAAAAUAUAAUUCCCCCCCCUUUAUUUCCCCCCCUAAAAAACUAGGUGCGCCUUAUGGGACGGUGCGUCCUAUAGGGCGAAAAAUACAGUAACCUGAAACUGUUCUUAACCUGAAGCACCACUUUAGCUAAUGGGGCCCCGUGCCGCCGGAGCCCAAUUUCUGUUCUUAUCCUGAAGCAAAGUUUUUAACCUGAAGCACUAUUUCUAGGUUAACGGAGUGUGUAACCUGAAGCGUAUGUAACCUGAAGCGUAUAUAACCCGAGGUAUCACUGUAAACUCCUCUUUUCCCCUCCCCAUUCACAGCAGACAAAUACUGCCCUCUACUGAUCAAAGAAGGUGGCCUCCUUCUCCUGAGCGACAUGAUCAAAAUGGCAUCAGCCCGGCCAGAAACGAAGGAGAUGGGAAGGUAAGUCCUCUGGAGAAAUAGGCCCCAUCUGCACUAUACAUUUAUAUUGGUAUCAUACCACUUUUAAACAGUUGCUGCCUCCUCUAAAGAAUACCGGGCCAGUAGCUUGUUAAAGGUGCAUCUUCUGUUCCCUUCAGAAGAGCUACAAUUCACAGAGAUCCUUGGGAAGAGAGAUCCGUUACUGAACCACCUUGGAACCUGUAGCUCUUUGAAGGGGAAGAGAGGUCUCCUAACCACUCUGGGCACCCUGAACAAACUAUAGCUCCCAUUAUUCUUUGGGGGAAGGCACAGCUGUUUAAGGUGGUGUGAUACUGCUUCAAGCUAUAAUGCAGAUGCAGCCACGGAGCAGUGUGUCAAUAGUGACUGACGACCACCUCCUUCCCUACAGACCCUCCCAGCUGUUAAGAUCAGCAGAGGGGGCCCUCUUGGUAGUUCCACCUCCUUCAGAUAUUUGGGGCUGGCCUAGGAGAGGGCCUUCUCUGUGGCAGCCCCUAAGUUGCGGAGCUCCCUCGCUGCAGAGAUGCGUCUGGCACUUCCACUAUGCAGCUUCCGGCGGCGGAUGCUGAAGGCGCAUCUCUUUACCCUGGCCUUUGACACCUGAGAUGUUUUGGAGACCCGCUCUAUUCCUAUGACUGUAAUCUGUUUUUAAUUAUGAACUUUAAAUUGUUGCAACCAGUCCUCAGACCCACUGAUGAAGAACAGGUAAUAAAUUUAAUAGUAAUAACAUAAGAAGAGCCCUGGGCCCAUCUGGUCCAGCAUCCUAUUCUCACAGCAGCUGACCAAAUGCUGCAGUGGGAAAUCCACAAGCAACACCUGAGCACAAAAGCACUGUCCCCUCCUGCCAUUUCCAGCAACUGUUUUCCAUAAGUAUUACUGCCUCCCACUGUGGAGGCAGAGCAAAGCUAUUGUGACUACUAGCCAUUGAUGGCCUUCUCCACCUCCAUGAAUUUGUCCAGUCCUCUUUUUAAAGCCAUCUAAGUUGGUGGCCAUCACUGCUUCUUGUGGCAGUGAGUUCCACAGUUUAACUAUGUGCUGUGUGAAUAAGUCCCUUUUAUCUGUCCAGAAACUCCCAGCACUUUGCUUCAGGGGAUGUCCACAAGUUCUGUUGUUACAAGAGAGGGAGGAAAAGUUUUAUAAUAGUGAUAUCUCAGUCUGUGUUCCUUGCCAUUUCCUAAAUCACUGACCUCUGUUUCCUUUCCAGGAAAGUCAUAGAACACUGCAAUAACUUUAUGGACGAGAACAUGGACACAUCUAGAUAGAGGCACCCCUGGCUUUCCACCACCUGCCAGCAUUGCAUUCGACAUCUCUCCCGUUCACUGUACAUAGGUUGGACUUUCUCACCAGCUUAGCAGUUGGAACGAGCCUUUAUGAAUACGUGUGUGUGUCCGUCUUUUGAAAAAGACCCCCAGCAAACAAAAGCGCUUCCGAGUAGCACCAGCUGUGGGGACCAUUUUGCACAACAACAAUCCCUUUCCUUUAAAUAAUGGAUUUCUCCCUUAACCCCUUCUACCACUACAACUUCCUCUUUUUUUUGUCUUGUUUUGUUUCAAAUGGUUCAGAUUGGAGUUUGUGUGUAUGUGUAUGAUUUCUGUAUAUAUAUAAAAAAAGGAAAAUGAAGCAAUGACCAUAUCCUGUGUCUGUUGGUGUUUUCUGGAGAAUAUGAAAAGCUUCAAAUGAAUGUAAGCCCAAUUAUCUAGCUGUGUGAUUGGUAUAAUAAUAAUUUCCCUGUUUCUUUUAGGGGUGUUUUAGCUUAGGGAAAAGUCAAGUAAGGAGCAACAUGAUAGAAGUUUAUAAAAUUAU